UUGUUUUUGUUUGGUUUUUAGUUUUGAAUGAAUCAAAUUUUGAUGCUGGUUAAAGAUGAUGAUUUUGUUUAACUUUAUUGUGAUAAUGAUGUGAUGGUUAUCCCAAGCGGUUCAAUUAACCAACAAUUAAUAACCAGUGAUGAUAUUGUCAUGUCUAACAUUUGUUUAUCUAUCUACAAUGAGAUAUUAGAUGAGAUUUUGUUGGGUGUUUGUUUUGAGAUUCAUAGAGCAUCAAAAUUAGGAUUUUUAUUCAUUGACGAAUCAUCACCUCAAGAGGAUCAGAAAUAUGUUAUUAUCGAUGAAAGAGGAUUGGACAUUUUCGGCCAGGCUCAUACCCAAAUGAAGAAACAAUUUGAAUGUAUUUGUCCUAAUUGUCAACGAAGUUUAGCCGCAUCAAGAUUCGCUCCACAUUUAGAGAAAUGUAUGGGAAUGGGUCGUAACAGUUCACGAAUUGCCAGUAAAAGAAUAGCAUCAACUGGUAAAUCAAAUGAUUCGGAUGGUGAAGAAUGUGAUAAUAGUGGUGAUACCGAUUGGAAUCUAGCACAUGAUACUAGAAAACCAAAGAAGCGAAAAAAAUUGAGAUGAUAAUGAGAAAUUUAUAAGAAAAAUAUAUAAACAGAAACAAAAGGGAAA